GGAAAUUAAUAAUUGGUUGGUGGAGUGUGGUGGGCAGUCUCAACCAGGGCAUAUGGCAUUACUCAGCCAGUCGGUUUCGCCUCAUUCUAGCUUUUUCCUUGCGAAGUGGCGCUUCUUCUCCGGGCAUCAGCAAAACAAAGACCUGAUCAAGCAUGAAGAUCGUUCUGUGCCUGGCAGCUCUGACUGCCUUGUACUGCUGCGUGAACGCAAAUUACAUUUCACCCAAGGUACAGGUGUACAGCAGGAUGAAGGGACAGUUUGGAGAGGGCAACACUCUGAUCUGCAAUGUUAAGGACUUCCACCCUCCUGACAUCACCGUUGAGCUACUGAAGGACGGAGAGAUACUCCCUCGUGUCAUGCAGACAGACCUGGCCUUCAAACCGAGCUGGCAAUUCCAUCUGACUUAUUUCGUGCCCUUCACUCCCGCUGCUGACCAUAAGUACAGCUGCAGGGUGACUCACGGCUCCACCGUUAAAAACUAUGCCUGGGAGCCAAACAUGUAAUGCCCAGCUUGGUCAGUUGAGGCUUCUCCACCAGCAGGAAUGUCACACUUAAUCGCCGCAGCAGGAUUGCUGGAUGUAUCCGUCUCCUUCCCGACGCCGUGCUGUGAUGUUUCUCCUCGUGGAGGAGCCCUUUCGAGGUGAUUCAGCUCCAGCUACAGUGACGAUUAUUCUUCAUAACUUCAGUCAAAAGGAUCAUAGACAAGCUUUUCUUGCUUUUCAUUUUUUCACCAAACCAAACUACAAUAUCACAUUAAAGGGGAACUAUUGGGGUUAAGUGAGAAUUUUACUAUAGAAGAAUGAACAGGGCUGUAGGUAUUUUAUUCCUUUGUAAUUUACCAACUUGUUUUCCAUCUUUUGAUCAUGACACUUGCCUGUAUAUAUUUUGAGGGUGUAAGGAGAUGUUUUGCUAUUGAGCCUAUUGGCUAACAUAUAAAUUUGUUGGUGACUUGAGCUGUUUUCCUUCCUAAAAUAAAUUAAUAAAGAUAGAUCUUAAAUUUGAUUUUUUUAAAGUAAACUGCUCAGAAAAAUUAUAGAUUCAUGGGUUCUUUCUGGGACCGAUAGUAUGUAAGUGUUCUCCUUUGUCAAAUAAAACAUUUGUUUAAUCUGACGAAAUAAAAAAUUCCUGAAAAUGUA